CCACAUGAGUAUGUGUGCGUUGGAUGUUUGAAUGUGUGAGUGGUGCAGGAAUUAUUUUGGUCUGUUCGUGUUGAUUUGGGCAUUCAUACAAGGUGAUACCUUUGCUAAACACGCAAUAAGUGAUUCCCGUGAAAUUGUUUGUUGAUCUGUGGCUCUCUGGCGUUGGUGAGUGGCUGGAUAUUCCCGUGAGAACAUCAGCUCGAGUGAUUGUCCGGCGAUUGGGUUGAAAGGUGCAGGAAAGCCACUUCCAUUGUCUCACCAUCUCCUUGGUCUUUCUUCUCCAACACAUUCCUUCGCUUUCGCCGACAGCACACACACAGAUAUCCGGCGAGCGGCCAGUGCGUAAAUUGCGUCUUUGAGAUCUUUGGGGCACAGAGCGGAGUCUUCCGGAUGAGCAUGGAUAAGAUGGCAUUGGCAGCAGAACGGAAGAUGGACGUGGAGACACUCCAUGAGGACAUUGACGAGGACGGCGUGAGCGAUGAUGAGACGCCGAGAAGGGUUGCCGUAGGCAAGGAUGAGCUAAUGAAGAAACCCGCAGGAGACGGGGAGCGCGUAAAACGAAAGGCAAAGCGCUUAGUGAAGCACAAUAGUGGUGAGCGGGCGCCCACGAAUACCAUGGAUUUCGUGGUGCCGCAUCGCCGAUGGAAGAACAGCCGGCGUUCACGCAACGGCUACGGCCGGGGGCUGCCGAAGAAGGGCGGUGCCGGGGGGAAGGGUGUUUGGGGCCUUCCGGGUUCUGAGAUCCUCGAGGAGGACUUUGAGGACCACAAUGAUCCCAACUAUGACAGUGACGACAAGAACAUUGAGCUGAAGGAAGUGAUUCCGGAUAUCACGCCAGAGGAGUACUUCAAGCGUGUUGAACCCAUUUUCCUGGAGUACUACGAACAUGGGGACACACUGGAAGUGGCCCAGAGCCUCUAUGAGGAGACCACGGAAGUACUGAGGCCCCUGGUCACGUCCAUAGCCAUUGAGAUUGCCAUGGAUCACAAGCAGAGUCAUCGUGAGAUGACUUCUGUUCUCAUAUCCGAUCUCUACGGCCGGGUGGUUUCCGGUCGAGACAUUUCCCGUGGCUUUGACAUGGUCCUCAAGAAUUUGCCCGAUCUCAUCCUCGAUACUCCCGAGGCACCGACGAUUUUGGGCAAUUUCAUUGCUCGUGCCGUGGCCGAUGACUGCGUCCCACCGCGCUACGUCACGAAUCCCGAAGUUGAGGAGCUCAAUGAGCACGCCAUUGUAGCCCUCAAGCGUGCAGACACGCUGCUGAACAUGAAAAAGGGAUGGGCCCAUUUGGACAAUGUCUGGGGCAUGGGAGGGCCACUGCGCCCCGUGAAGAUCAUCACGAAGCAGAUGACGCUCCUACUGCAGGAGUAUCUGUCCUCGAGGGAUAUCAAGGAAGCCCAUAGGUGUCUCCUUUCUCUCGAGGUUCCCCACUUCCAUCAUGAACUCGUCUAUGAGGCAGCCGUUAUGGCCCUGGAGUCCAUCAAUCAAUCAACUGAGGAGGCUCUGUGUGCCCUCCUGAAGAGCCUGGACAAUGCGUGCAUUGUCUCUCCAUUGAUGAUGGAGCAGGGAUUUCAACGUGUCUUCGACGACAUGACAGACAUUGUUAUAGAUGUGCCAUUGGCAUACAUCAUGCUCGAUCGCUUCAUCGAGCGAUGCAGCCGUGCCGGUUUCUUGUCUGAUAAGACUAUCAGGAAUAUGCCGUCCAGAGGACGCAAGCGUUUCGUGUCAGAAGGCGAUGGAGGCCAAUUCAAGCCUCCGACUCAAUCGUUUACUCGUGACAACUGAAACGUAGAUUGACUCAGAGAAAGGAGCUAAAAGGAUGGUUUUUCUAUACUCGGAAAAUGACGGAUGGCUAAAUACAAAAUGGAUUAAGUACUUGCUACCUGAAAAAAAAACACAACACGUUGAUGAAUGACCCCCAGUUAAUACAAUACAUACUUUUUUCUUAUAUUAAAAUGAAAAAAAAAAAACAAUUACGAUUAAGUAUCAAACCCUAACAAGAUUUUCCAUUCUCUCUUUUCUUUCCUCUUUAUACAUUUUUUUUUAUUAAGUGAACUACCUAAAUAUGCCAUUAAAAAAGAACAUUUACUUUGCAUUAUACAAAAAAUACAAACAAUGAAAUAUUCAAAAAGCUUCUAAAGAUUUCCGAAUUUUCAUUUAUAUUAUUUUAUAAUCUACUUAAAUAGUUUUAUAUAUUUUUUUCUUAUGCUUCUUGGAUAUUUGUUUCCUUAUAGUGCUGUAAGUGACAAAAUGUAAAUGAAAAACUGCAUUUGAUUUAUAAAAUAUUUUUCCGUUGAAGUUUAUCAUUGAAAUUACUCCUUUAAUAGAAAUUCAUUAAACAUCUCUUUGGAUUGCAUUUCAUGAAUAAGAGAUGUUAAUUAUUUUUUUGGAAGUAAAAGAAGUUUAAAAAAAAUUGACCGCAAACAAUGAAGAGAUAAAAAAAAAUCUAUACAAUUUCUAAAAAAGAGAAAUAAAGUGUUGAGUAGAUAAA